AUGGGCGCACCCUCUCAUGCUAUCUUCAACUUCUCGCCUGGUGCACGGCCUCUGGACAUGGAUAUCCAUCUACAAUCAUUCACAAUACCGCACUUCCCUUCCCUCAUGAUCGCCAUGUCGAAGCCAGCAUACUUAGCUAUCGUCGAAUACGCACCCACAAAACUUGUCAUCGUCUUUGUCCCCUCACAGAAACAAUGUCGACUCACUGUCGACGAUCUGCUUAUUCACUGCGCUGCGGAUGACAAGCCAGACAGGUUCCUUAACAUCGAGGUCGCAGAUAUACAAGUUCAUCUCGACCAUCUGCGGGACGAAGGAUUGAAGGAGAUGUUGAAGAAAGGCAUCGGCUAUUUCCAUGAGGCCAUGGAUAAGCAAGACAAGCGGAUUAUCCAGCGUCUGUUUGAGAGCGGAGCUGUUCAAGUGCUCGUGGCUUCAAAAGAUACAGCAUAG